GAAUUACAUUAAAAUCAAACCGGAAAACCAGGAUACAGUUCGGAUUACAAGCUCGAUUUGAACAAAAUUUCCCAGGCCUACUAAUUGCUAAAACUAGCUUCGCCCACCCACUAAACCCGACACAUUCCGCUAAUCCGCUUUUAAUAUCCAUAGGAAUCAGUUGCCGUUCUCUGCCUUAACGAUGACCACCGGAACGUGAGGUUCACCUCGUUUCCUCGGAUGCCAGGAAUUCCCAUGUCGUCUCAGUAGUAGCUAGCUUCCGAUGAACGCUUCGAAGCUUGUAAUCGUCACCAUCAAUGUGCGCAUGAAAACGAUAUAGAAGAAGGGUUGAAGAACGCAAACCUGAAAACCGCUCCAGAACCGUCUAUACGAUCUCCUAUAACGCCCAGACCAUCUCAUGAACAAAUUGACUGAUGAAACUCCACUGAUCAAGAACGGGAAUGCAAAAAUUCGGGCACAGAACAGAGGCAGCUGAUCGAAUCCAGUAGAAACUCCAAGACCUGCUAAUAGCUAUAGCGAUGCAACAUUACCAUAAGCAAAAACUCAUGGUACUGGGAUUUGCUGCAACACCGACUGAAACCACCAAGAACGGACGAACUCCUUAGACCACAAGAAGCUUUCACAAUCCUUGCCAGUCGCCUUCUUCGAGAACCGAAGCAAGGUAAGCUUGAGACGUCAAGAAGAGAACCGGUGGUACGGAUCAAUUCAGAACAAAAUAAUCACAGGAGCGCUAAAACCCAAGAAACCACGUCGACAUAGCUUCACUGGGAGACUGAAAGCAAAAGCCUGGAAGAGGAUGAUAAGAUGAGAGGAAGGUCGCAGCCUCACCUCGAGAAGACCAUAGACGAUGUUCCCGACACUGUGUCACUGCAACACUCCACGCGCCACCAUCACGGGCUCCGACACACGCCAGCAGACCGGACUAAGCACGCCUUUGAGAUAAUGGAAGCCUCCAAAGCUCUCACGGCGUGGGUAGACAGAGAGAGUCUUUCCAAGACACCAAGAAGAGACAGCCCCUCAGCACCACACGCACCUCAUCUUUCGAGGAAGAGGCAGAUCAAAGACCACACCACUGAACCUUGGCUGAUGAGCAAAUCAGACUCCUCCACGCGCCACCAUCCUUGUAGGGAGCUUAAGGGACUCCCCAUGAAACCCUAAAAGCCGACAGCAUCGAAAGAAACCGCACCAUCUCUGCGUCUAGACUCCACCACCGAGAAGACCACGCCAGAUCCGGAGCUUCUGUCAACCGAAGACGAAGGCCGGCGGAUUCCAGAUAACAGAGCCAUGAACAAGGCGGAGAGGGAGAGAGGAAACACUUCUGCUGCAAAUAAAAAAGAGAGCUAGGGAGAAGGAGAAAAGCCUCCGGCGCCGGUACGCGCAGUGACGCGCCGUCCGGACGCCGGAGCAAAGUCAGAUCUGGAAGUUUAAGUUGAAACGCGAGAGAAAGAAGGGAGAGAAACGCGGAGCAAAGUCAGAUCUUCCGAUUAUGCACAUAUUCCUUUCAUAAAGGAGUCAAUCUCUACUCAUCCUUGAAUGGAUCCGAGAUCGGUGUAAGAGUAAAGUAUCCUUGCAGGAAAGGAAGACUGUGAUGAUGAAUUUAUCUUGGUUGAUAUAAGGGGGAUCCAGCAAAGUCGGCAUCGUUGUAUGGUCCGAUAAAGAGUCCUCACUAAAUCAAUUGAGUCUUUUCUUUGUCUCUAACAAUUGGUAUGGAUAGGAGCUCUAAUUCAAACAACGGCUUUGGUGAAAUAUUAGAGGUUAAGGAGUACUGGAGACUUUGUGGCGGUGAAGGUGAUAUUUAGACGGUGGUUCAUUGCAGAGAUCUACCGGCGGUGGAGUUUUCCGAUUUGCAUGCUUCGUUUGCCACGUUUGCUUGUUC